UCGAAUACCAUCCCUCUGUGUGUUCUUCUCACGUACCUACCGAGGGCAGUCAAAGAAGCAAUGGAACUCACUUGGCUCGCCGAUACCCCUCAGUCUAGACGUCGGACCCGGGCUCUGCGAGCAUGCGCUACUUGCCAACGCAGAAAGAAACGCUGCCGUCAUCUGGAUAUACCAACCCACCCAAGCCAGAGCCAUAUACAGACAGGUGCGAGCGGCCGUGUGCCUCGACAGCAGCAACAGCAGCCGCAGGGUACGGCGCUCAAAGAUAACCCGAGCAUAAGCUCUUCACAAACAGAGCGGUUUGUUGGAGACCUCAACCCGGAAGCUGUAAUCCGUGAGAAACUCGAUUCCGCCAGUGGGAACCACCUGCGAGAUCGGAUCGGGCUCUGGAUCAGCACUCCAGCCAUUCAAAGCCAUAGAGAGCAACUGUCUGAUCCCGACCCUGAGUUGAUCAAACACUGUCCUAAAGAUGUCCUUGAAGUACAAUCGGUCGCAUCCAUGCUGAACCAGCAAUAUACAUCUGGCAUGAAUGCCUGUGACCACUUGCCCCUUUCCACCCGGGAUCGGUUGUUCUCGAUCUUUUUCAACAAGGUCAAUCAUGUCCUGCCCCUUGUCGAUCAAGUCUCGUUCCUUCAAGCCCACUCUGACGGCACUGCGUCCGUGUUCCUGGAAAGAGCUGUCUGCCUUGUUGCAGCUAAGGACAGAGCGGCCAGCUCUCACCUCCGUUUGGUCGAUGACGGGCCUCUCAUCUCAUCUCGUUCCUUUUGCUCUAAACUCUAUCAGGGCCUAGUUGUCGCUUUGAAUGUCGGGCUGGAACCCGAUCGACUCAGUCGUAUCCGUAUCUUGGCGCUGAUGUCUAUGCAUUGCGAAGGUCACGAAGGUGCAGAAGCGGCGUCUAUGCACCUCUGCCAGGCCAUUCAUCAAGCUCAAACGGUUGGCUUGCAUCUUGACCGGCCCGGUCGGACGCCGGGGGAUUCUCUGGCUUGUUUAUUUUGGUGUUUGUGGAGUUUGGACCGAAUGCAUGCCUGUAUAGGUGGUCGUCCAGUACUUCUUGCAGACUGCGACAUCGGAAUUGAAAAGCCAAUUGUUCGAGACACUUCACCCAGAUCCGCUUUUGAUAUUUGGUUUGCUAUCUCAGAUCUACUAUCGACGGUGAUUUCGUUUUAUAGACCGGCAGCAGAUCAUACUGUCGGGUGGGAAGGUGAAUUCCCUGUUUUUGAAGCCAUCACCGGCGAUAAACUUCGGGAUGACUUGGACUUCGCUACACUAGGCCUCCUGGAGAUGUAUUAUCAUGCAGUUGCCAUACUUUCAUGCAGGUAUAAAUUAUCCCACCGGUCGGAUGAGUCCAGGCCUUCAUACACCCGCCAAGGGCUUGCUGCCAUCCGAAUCCACUCCAUUGCUGCUACCGAAUGUUCUCAGGUGUUGCCACCUCUGCCCAUCGUUCCGUAUGCGUUAACCCUUUCUAUGGGGGUGUCGUACCAACAGUUCCGCUCAAGCAAGCUCAUCACGCAUCUUGAUCGAGCCAGGACCAGUCUAGAAGCUUGUUGUACCCUGCUUGAAGGACUGGGCGUGUACUGGUAUUCUGCAGAAGCUAUGGCGCGACUGGGGCGAAAGGCAUUGCACCAAAUAGACGAGGUCGAGCUUGGACACCACCAACAUGGCCGGGCUGCCAGCCUCUCGACGUCGGGCUUGACGAGCACAUCCGCGCCUCAACAUUCAAGUGGGUGUCUUCCCACCCUACCGAGCUCGUCUUUCGUUGCUGCCCCGGGCGCAUUGAGUGAUGUACGCAGCGACGCGCCCUCUACCGCCCAAGUGCAGGAACUUCUGCCCCGCCCAUUGUGUUCGCAAGAAAUUGGCCCCCCGGACCAGGGCAAUUUUACCAACAUCGACAUGUUGUUCGGGGAUUUUCUCGAUCUUUCCCUGCCCACAAAUUUUUGGGACCCCGUUUUCUUCACCGAGCCAACCCCGGAAACAUGAUGGGAGUCUUUGCCAGGGCCAUCAGAAGGGUAGGAACCCAUUGAGGCGCGCGCAACCCUGGCCCUCCGUGGUUCGCCAUGAGUACUAUUUCGGGGACCGGCAUCUUGUAUAGGACUUAGGUGACAGAAAGAUAUAGAGCUGGCUUGAACAUUUUGCCGAUCGUUUCUCAUUGCCGGUAGAUACUGGCAGUGAUUGUACCAUUGAGCCGAAGUUGGUUAGUACCUACCUAGUCGCUUCGUAUGCCAGUACCUACGGAGUACUAAACAUCCAACAUUCUCACAAACCUCUCCCUGGCCGGAGCCUGGGUAGAUGAACAA